ACUUUCUUUUUUCCCUUCUAACAGAAGAGUUCUUUAUUGCGGGAAAGUGCACGAAAUGUCUGACAGAAAACUCCGAAGAAAAUCAGUGAAUGUGACAUUUGCUGGGGAUGAUGAGGUUUUACAGCAUAUUGUAGACGCACACAAUCAAAAAGUUAAACCAACAUCUAAGAGUCGGAGGAAGAGUUGUCCGGAGAGAGUGAAGACAAUUGAGGAGGAAGAGGAGGAGGAUCAUGGUGACAAUGAAAACUUGCCUCUUAAAAAGUCAACAGCAUUGGAAGAUGAAAGUCAGUUGUGUGGUGGAGAAGUAUAUGGGUUCAAAACCCCGAAAAAGUCAGGUCAGAUGGCACAGUUGGCAUCAGAGUCAAGAACUCCCAAAUCUAUCCUGAAAACACCAGUGACCAAAGAAGGAACUCCUAAAAAAUCUGUAAAUUUUCCAUCAACAAAGAAUGAAGAAAUGAGGACACCUACUGGAAAAAGGAAUCUUAGACAUAGAAAACUGCAGGCUUCAACACCAUAUAGAUUACAGAAGCGACAUGGGGCAGGUGAUUCAGACUCCAGUGACAGUAUGGAGUCAUCUAGCUCUGACAGUGAUGAGGACAUCAAACCCGUGUCCUCAACCAGUAAGUCUCGUACCUCCUCAGCCAGUGCCUCAAACACACCAGCAAAUACUCCCGCAAAAUCUGAGAAAUCCUCGGCGACUCCUAGAAAGUCUCGUAGAAAAACAGAGGAGAUAGAUAUGAAGACUAAUGUGGAGGAAUAUUUUGACAUUCAUGCUAGUGAUGUCGGGCCUACGUCAGAUGCUACCUUGUCAAAGUUAGACGUGCCCCGCCUGGAUCAGGAAUCCCUCAUUAAUCUGUUGGAAAAUGUACAGUCGUCACAUAUCAACGAAUGUAAACAAAUGUUUCAUGAACUUCAAGACAUGUUCACAAACUGGAUGUUUCAAAUGUGCAAUGGUUUCAACAUACUGCUGUAUGGCUUUGGUUCUAAGAGAAAUUUGAUGGAAAAAUUCAGGAGUACAACUUUGAAAGGAUUUUCCCAGCUUGUAGUGAACGGAUAUUUUCCUAGUCUUACUAUUAAACAUAUUUUAAAUUCUAUAACAGAGGAUAUAUUUGGACAUAAUGGCAGUUUCAAAAACCCAUUAGAUCAGUGUGAAUUUAUAAAGAAAGAGUUUGAAAAAUCAGGUCAAGAUUUUUAUGUAAUUAUACACAAUAUAGAUGGUACCAUGUUGAGGAAUGACAAAUCUCAGAAUAUACUUAGUCUCUUAUGCCAGGUACCGGGACUACAUAUGAUAGCAUCUGUAGACCAUAUUAAUUCUUCCCUAAUUUGGGAUCAAACAAAAUGUAGUAGAUUUAGGUGGUUAUGGUAUGACGCUACCACAUUUGCACCAUACACAGAGGAAACCUCAUAUGAAAACUCGAUACUGGUGCAGCAAUCUGGGGCUCUGGCUCUCAGCUCACUAACACAUGUGAUGAAAUCUCUUACACCUAAUGCCAAAGGAAUCUUCUUGCUACUGGCCAGGAACCAGCUUGAGCAUAAAGAUAGCACUAAUUAUAUUGGUAUGUCACUACAAGAGUUAUAUCAGAGAUGUAGAGAAGCGUUCUUGGUGAACAGUGAUCUCACAUUGCAGGCACAGCUUACAGAAUUCAGGGACCAUAAAAUGAUUAGAUCUAAAAAGAGUUUAGAUGGUGUAGAACAUUUACAUAUACCUAUUGAUGAGGGAACAUUGAAGGAAUUUGUUGAUGAACACACUGAUGACUGAGAUAA